AUGCUCUCCCUGAAGACACUUGCUGUUACCUCGGCCCUGGCUCUGCAGGCUGCCGCCGUCAACAUCCGUAUCGAUGUUGGCAAGAACGGACUGGUCUUCAGCCCCAACUCGACAAACGCCGCCAUUGGCGACGUUCUCGAGUUCCACUUCUAUGCCCGUAACCACUCCGUGGUUCAGGGCCGCUUCGACCAGCCUUGUGCUCCUUUCCCCAACAACCCGUUCUACUCGGGCUUCAUCCCUGCCAGCGAGGGCAACGAGAACGCCACUGUGUUCCAGGUGACCGUCGCCAGCACCGCCCCGGCCGUCUACUACUGCAGCCAGACCCAGCACUGCGCCAGGGGCAUGUACGCCGUCAUCAACCCGUCGGGCCAGAACACCCUCCAGCAGUACGGCAGCCGCGUCACGGCCAACAUCACGGCCAUCGACCCGCCCGCCGGCAUCAGGGUCCCCAACGGCGGUGUCUACAGCAUCCAGUCCAGCCAGCAGACCAGCACCGCCUCCUCUGCCACUAACACGCCCACUGGCGCCACCACCACUGCUGGUGCCGGCCGUCCCACCAUGACCAACAACCCCACCUCGACCAAGUCUGGCUUUGCCGUCCCGACGCAGGCCCCCGUUGCGGGUGUCGUCGGUGUCGCUUUGGCUGCCUUGAUGUUGGUCUAA